CCUCGCAUUUUUUUCCUGUUUUCCCAUGGCAUCUAGGGAUGUUUUGUUUGUUUUUAGGGAUGAACAUCAAGAACCUGGAAGAACCUGGGGGUGGGGUGGGGGUGUUUAUAUGAGUGGCAUACACGCCUAUAAUAUGCAGCUGAUGAAUAGUAACUAGCAAGACAACCCGGUCAUGUUCAUGCCCAUGGCUGUAAAUUUUGUUUAUUGUGUGUGAAUCUGAUUGUAGCAGCGAGCACUCCCAGUUUUUCUAACUUGAGUCUGUACAUAUAUGGUUUUUCCAGUUUUUUUUUUGUGUGUGCGUGAAUCUGAAUGUAGCAGCUAGCACCCCAUUUUCAUAAUCUCGAGUCUGUACAUCUAGGGAUUUUCUAGUUUGUAGCACAUACUACAUAUAGAUAGCAGACAGAGUUGCCAACCAUUUUUUGUCUGAAAUUUAAUAGCAUAAUGCGAGAGAAUAAACUUUUUCAGUGGCAUACAUUGCAAUCCUUUCUUUUUUCAGACAGGAAUGUCUGAAUUUUUGUGUGUGUCUGUUUGUAGGGAGCAUGUAUAGUCUUUUUCUGAAUUCUUCAAACUUCUCAGACUAAGCGAGGUAUUUUUGAUUUCUUAAAAGUUGUGGCAUAUGGUACAACUCCAGAAAUUGAAAGUAUAAUAGUAGCAGGUCUGAAUGCAUAGCUUUCGUUUUUUAGAUUUUUACAGAUUUUCUGUUAAAAUGUUUUUUUGUUUGAAGAUAUGUGAUUUCAAAAUCUAACCAGAGUAUUUUUCUGAUUUAUGAGAACUAGAGAAAAUUUUAUGUGAUGUGGUAAGUGAAACAAAUGGUAACUAGGUGGAUAAACUCACUGGUCCUGAACCUUUUUUGAAAUGAACUCUGUUUUAAUUAUUUCAUAGCAACCUGAACACACCUCCUAGUUUUAGUUGUUGUUUUAGUUGUCUAUUAGAUUCGUCUUUGAAUGUGAGAUGCACACAUUUUUUCUAGAGAAUGAAACGAAAUGUUUUGAUUGUGGAAUGUCUGAACACACGCUCGUAUACGGAGCUGCUGAAUAGCAACUAGGUACAGAUGCUCCCCUGUUAUGUUCAUGCACAUGCCCAUAGUUGUGCAUCUAUAUAUAGCUGAUGAAUAGUAACAAGUUAUAGAUCCUCCCUUGUUAUGGUGAAUAGUAUCUAUAUGUUCAUCUUUUUGAUCCCUGUUUGUGGAACUGUAUGUAGCAGAUAGCACCCAGUUUGCAAUCUAGUCUGUUUUUUGUGUGUGUAAAUCUGAAUGUAGCAGCUAGCACUCAGUUUUGUAAUUUAGAGUCUGUACAUACAUGUACUUCUAGCUCAUAUUUCCAUAUAGACAGGAGAUAAAGAUGCCUUCCAUUUUUUACCUCUGAAAUUUAAGAAGGCAUAAUGCGAGUGGAUCAAUAUUUUUCAGUGGCAUACAUUUGCCAUGCUUCUUUUUUCAUACAUAGGUGUCCGAAUUUUUUGUGUCUGUUUGUAGGGGCAUGUGUAGUUCUUUUUAAGGGAAUAGGGGUUUUUUUCCGGUAGUGAGGAGACGCUGAUAGUGUUUUCACAUGUUUUUAUUUAUUUUAUUUUAUUUUUUGUUUGAAAACCUUUUUUUGCUAGGUGGGAAUGUCUGCAAAUUUUUUUUGUUCGAUGAGGAGCCACAUUUUUCUUUUUCUUUUUUGUUUUACGAGAUACCUAGUGAAUGAAUACUUCAAACUUUUCACACUAAGCUAGGUUUUUCAUUUCUUGAAGUUGUGGCAUAUGGUACAACUCCGGAAAUUUAUAGAUAGAUGUGCAUUUUUACAGAUACAUGUCUGAAUUUUACAGAUUUUUCUUUGUUUUGAGUAUACAUGGUUGAAAAUCUGACAGAAUAUUCUGUUUUUUGAUAUAUAAAUACUAGAGAGAAUUUAAUACGAUGUGGCAAGUGAAAAUGGUAUUGAGUUUGUUCAGUUAGUACUGGUAGGUAAACUCACUGGUGCUGAACUUUUUUCUUUGAAGUGAGCUCUGUUUCAGUUACGUUAUCCCAACUUCAACCUUCUUUUUUUAAAAUAUAGUCUGUUUUCAGUAUACUAAACUCACUUGUUUUUUCUCAUGAAAAAUUCUUUGUAUGUAUAAGUGCAGAUAGCAUGUGAAAUGAUAGAGCUUUUGCAUUUUUGUUUGACUAAAAUAAUCAGCAGUUAACUGUUGUUUUUUCUUUUUUCUUCUCAUCAUCUUGUGAGCUUUGUGGGAACUUUUGCGAUGACGGUGCUGACAACAACUUCAAGAUUGACAUUAGGGAUGAGUUCCUGUCUAAAGCGACUGCCCCAUGCAAUGCAAGAGUCUACGUCAAUGGCGUUACCGGUUACUACAUGCGGUUUCAAGCCCAUGGACGCAAGUACUCUGUUGACAUUGUGAAGGGGGCACACGGGACCAGGAUCAAGGGGAGUGGCUGGAAGAAAUUCACUUCUGACUUUUCACUUCGGAAGGGUGCUGUCGUCAUUUUUGACUUGGACAUGCGUCCGCGCCAGGCAUAUGUUGUUGUUCAGCCAGUUGAAGGAAGCAUUUCAGACGUGGAUGGUGAUGUAGAGAUGAUAGAUGGAGACAACUCAGAUGUGGAUGAAGACGGUGGCAGCAUACAGAUCGAGUAUACAAGGGGCAUAACUCUGAAUGAUGCACAACAGGACAUUCUCAAUGCAUUGGUGCUCAGCUUCAAGACCGAGUUUUUAGGAGUAUCUUUUGUACAUUGUCUUACUACAACCGACACUCAAGCUGGACAAAUGAAAGUGCCAGAGAGGGUUGCUUCAAGCUUGAACAUCCCUAAAGAAGGGUUGGCUGGGGUUCGUCUAAGCAGUGGGGAGGCAAAGACUCGUGUUGAAUACAGCACGUCUACUGAUGGUCGUAUAGCUUUCAACAAAAAGCAAUGGAGGCGUUUCCUCUCAAAGACUACCCGGGAGAUCAAUGACUACAUCUUCAUGUUCUUCAAGGCUAGCAGCAAGUCUUACAUGAAUGUUACCGUCGUCGUUAGCAAGCUUUAAGUUUCACUUUCUUUUCGAGAAGCUAUGUUCCCAGUUACGUAGUAUGCUGAUGCAAAACAUCGCUGCCAUCUUUUGUUUAUGCGCUUGACAAUAACCAAGUAACCCCCCCUCGUAUUGCGAUGUUUCUUAUCUAUGUGUGCUUAAGAACUAUGUGGAAUAUGCGUUUC